GUCUCGGCAAUCUGUUUUUCUAAAGUGCAACGUGGAUAAACAAAAGCCCAAACUUCAAAUAACCCAACAAUAAUAUAAGUAAAUCGAAAAAAACGAAGCUAGAAGAACAACAACAACAGCAACAACAACACGCUGCUCCGAUCUACUACGUUUUCCGGUAGAAUAACCAUGAGAGGCAUUCUUUCUUUAAAGAGGGCAGUGUUGGCUCAACAACGUAGUGAAAAAUUGGGUAUUGGUUAUAGAUUAUUUAGCACUCAGGGUGCUUCAACCGCAAGUACACCACAGCCUCCACCACCACCUCCACCUCCAGAGAAAACCCAUUUCGGUGGACUUAAGGAUGAGGACAGGAUUUUUACCAACUUGUAUGGGCUGCAUGAUCCUUUCCUGAAAGGUGCCAUGAAGAGAGGUGAUUGGCAUCGCACUAAAGAUUUGGUAACUAAGGGUACUGAUUGGAUUGUUAAUGAAAUGAAGAAGUCUGGUCUCCGUGGACGUGGUGGUGCUGGUUUUCCUUCUGGCCUCAAAUGGUCGUUUAUGCCAAAAGUAUCGGAUGGCCGCCCUUCAUACCUCGUUGUUAAUGCAGAUGAAAGUGAACCAGGUACUUGCAAAGACAGGGAAAUUAUGCGUCAUGACCCACAUAAAUUGCUAGAAGGUUGCUUAAUUGCUGGAGUGGGAAUGAGGGCCAGUGCUGCUUACAUCUACAUCAGGGGUGAAUAUGUAAAUGAGCGUUUAAAUCUUGAAAAGGCUAGGAAAGAGGCUUAUGCAGCUGGUUUAUUGGGUAAAAAUGCCUGUGGCUCAGGCUAUGAUUUCGAGGUUCAUAUACACUAUGGUGCUGGAGCUUAUAUUUGUGGUGAGGAAACUGCCCUCUUGGAGAGCCUUGAAGGUAAGCAAGGUAAACCAAGAUUGAAGCCUCCUUUCCCAGCCAAUGCAGGGUUGUAUGGUUGUCCCACCACUGUCACAAAUGUUGAAACCGUAGCUGUGUCUCCAACCAUUUUAAGGCGUGGGCCAGAAUGGUUUGCCAGUUUUGGUAGGAAGAACAACUCUGGGACAAAGUUGUUUUGUGUGUCAGGACAUGUGAACAAGCCUUGCACGGUUGAGGAAGAAAUGAGUAUACCACUGAAGGAGUUGAUUGAGAGGCACUGUGGAGGUGUUAGAGGAGGGUGGGACAAUUUACUUGCUGUGAUUCCAGGAGGAUCAUCUGUUCCACUGAUUCCAAAAAAUGUAUGCGAUGAUAUUAUCAUGGAUUAUGAUGCGUUGAAGGCUGCCCAGACAGGUUUGGGGACUGCAGCUGUGAUUGUGAUGGAUAAGUCUACUGAUGUUGUGGAUGCCAUUGCAAGGCUCUCGUACUUCUACAAGCAUGAAAGCUGCGGGCAAUGCACACCAUGCAGGGAGGGAACAGGAUGGCUUUGGAUGAUCAUGGAAAGAAUGAAAGUUGGAAAUGCCAAGCUAGAAGAAAUUGAUAUGCUUCAGGAGGUGACUAAGCAAAUUGAAGGGCACACAAUUUGCGCCUUGGGUGACGCUGCUGCAUGGCCUGUGCAGGGACUUAUCAGGCAUUUCAGGCCCGAGCUUGAGAGAAGGAUUAGAGAGAAUGCCCAGAGGGAGUUGCUGCAAGCCACUGGUUAGGAGUGUGACUGUACUGGUGCAUAGCAAAAAUCAAAAUAAGGCAGUGCCAAUCAUUUUGGAAAGAUAGGUGGUUCAAGUUACUCUAUUUACUUUCAUGCUGUAGCAAUUAUGGCUGGACCAUACCAGAGAAACCAUCCAAGCCUGUAUAAACUAUGCUCCACCUAAACUUGUCAUUUGGCACAUUUUUAUGUAAUUUGUUAAUAAUAUCUGUAUACUGUCAUUAAUUUUGAGAAACAUCAUGUUUAUGUUUGUUAUUUAUCAAUGAAUGAUGAGGGAUAAUAUCCACUGGAUAGUGGAUUUGAUUUGAGAUUAA